AUGCCGAACGGAUACUCGGAUGUACUAUACGGUUAUCGCGAACCCAAUAACCGAUAUUGGCAAGCUGCCAGUAGAUUUGAUGAACUAGCCCUCGAGAACCCAUAUGGAAAUAUUACCCUACCACAACAGCCACACUGCUUUGAUGGAAAUGCAAUUUUGCCGACGCCAAUUCCGUAUCCUAUAGCUCCGACGUAUCAUGCGACGUAUCAUGAAAUGCUGGGAUCCAAGACAGCGAUGUUCCAAUCACCUCGUCCAAUGAUACAACAACCAAAAUUAUUUGACAGUACGAUCCUUUCAGAGUGGCUAAAUGGCCAGGAAGCUACAUCUAACCACCCGGAGCUUCAUGAACGAUCCCUCAACUUUGAUCCAAGCGACCAGUUGGAAGAAAAAGGAAAAGACACUGCCAAGGAGACAGGCGAAAUGCAUUGUGGUCGUAGCCAGCAACUGAAUCCCUAG